AGUAGUACUGUACCAAAGUUACAUUGUUCUAUAAUUGGAAAUGCAUUAACUUAGUGUUUUACGAUAACAGCAAUGAUCAGUUUCUACGUUAACUUGAUUAUGGUUUUAACAAUAACUCCACGUGAAGUAAUUGCAAGUUGCGUUAAUGCAGAUAAAAAAAGAAUUAAUGAAGUAGAACAUUUAAAGGACGAUUUAACUAAAGAUGACACCACAAAACCGAGGUCUCGCUGUUGUCCUUACGAUUUCGAUCCUUCGCUUUGUAAAACAGUUGGUGAUCGAUUACUAUGUGGCUACAAUAGAAACAUAGGAGGUUUUCAAAAUGACAACGAUGUUGAAUUGCAGAAUGGAUGUCGCAUACGUGGGGGUAGGGUUGAAUGUGGCUACGUUAACGGUCCUUUUAUAAAUCCAAGAAGACCACCUAUCGAUAAUAUGCUUCCUAUGUACGAUGAUGACAAUAGUCCCGUAAAUGAUGUAAACGGAAGUGGACCUGAGAACGGUAAUCAUAAAGAAGCUCUAAAACACGUCACAUCUCAAAAUUUUCGUAAACCUACGACAAGAUGUUUAGAAAUACGCGAGCGUGUUGUUUGUCGACAAUUAUAAAACGCGUAAAUAUAGAUGAGUUAAAUAGAUACGUGAAGAAAUUUUUAUAGCUGGAAUGUUAUCAAUCAAAUGUAACACGCAUUAAAGUGUCCCUCAUAUAAACCUUAA